AGUGCACGUUUCUCUAUCGGGUCCAAUACUCUGCCUGUUAGCUCGUGCGAGACUGUACAGUACAGAGUGUAUUCCCAAGUUUCUCAAUUACUUUAGCCCUGCGUACUAAUUAAAGUCUAUGUCUAACUGAAAACGUGAACUCAAGUCAAGAGACAUGGUUCGGUCCAAGCAUGGCUACCCGAGUAAACAGGGGUUAUACUCUCCGGAUCUCGAAAAAGAAGCUUGUGGUGUUGGAUUUGUGGCAAAGAUAAAUGGAGAAAGAAGUUACCAGGUAAAGAGAGGUGUUCUGUUGUUAUGCAACUUGUUAGUUGUGCUGAGAGUUGGCUUGAAAGUGAAUUGAAUCCUUAAAUUACACGGUUUAUCGUAGAAGCGGAACGAAUAGUAAGGUUAUGAAACAGAACGAUUUCGCAAAUUCACUUAUUUCUUUUAUAUAUAUAACCGCUUAGAAAUCGUAGUUUACUAUUGAAAACGUUGCUAGCCUUGUCGAUCGUUAUGUAGAAUUCUAGUAUCACUUAAACAACGGUUUUCAUUCGAGCGAAUUUUGCUUCAACUCGCCGUCAUGUGUCUGGCUCGAGGAGUAGUUUCACAUUCAUUAAGUAUUUUCCCGGGUUUUUCUUUGGUCCACGACCCUCAGUGAGAAUUUUUGGCAAAGUGCAGGGCCAUUUUUUAGGUUGUUUACCUUGUCUUUUGACUUCGUUUCAAGAUGCUUGCGUUGAAGGUUUUCCUUUAUGUAUUAAAUAUUAAAUAUGCUAGAAAAAAAUAUCAAGGUGACUUUGUUUUCGUGUUGUUAUCACGCAAGACACUGUUGACCCUGGUUGUGUGGGCUCGUUGUUCGCUUUUAACAAUACCUGUUUCACUCGGGCCCUUGUCUAGCCAUCAUCUGGUCGUGUUUCAUUAGAAUUUACAUUCCUUACUUGCACCCAGAAACCCUUAUUUAUUUCGGAGGUGUGCAUGUUAAUUUUCAAGUCUUUAGCUAUAGAAACACAGGUAGCCCGGGUAACUCCUGAAACGAAGGUGAAUUUUCACCCUAAACGAGACGCUCGCAAAUUUGAAAUUUAUUUUAGUAUCAUUGCAUGUCAGUUAAGAUAAUACUGUGAAUUUCUUUUGUUAUUGCUCAAGUAAAUUUUUAUUCAAUUUUUAUUCAAUUUUUAUUCAAUUUUUAUUCAAUUUUUAUUCAAUUUUUAUUCAAUUUUUAUUCAAUUUUUAUUCAAUUUUUAUUCAAUUUUUAUUCAAUUUUUAUCCUUUUGUCAUUAAACAGUUGUGUUGUUAGAUCCAGUCUUAAAUUAUUUAUCAUUCGGUUGAUUACAUUAGUCUGUGUGUUUUUAUUUUGAAAGAUAUCCUUGAACGGAUUUUGGAAUUUUUUAUAUUCUUUCUUGUAAAAUAAUCCACCUGAUGGUUGGAAGUGUUGUCAUAACUUGUCUUGUUGGAACUGUUUUUGGCACACGCCCGGAAAAAACCACACCCCACAGAUUUUAUUUGCAACCUGUUUUGCUCCUUUUUUGUUUUCUCCCUUUGGAAGAUAAUCUUGUUUUGAAACGUAGGAUCAUAUUACUUUUGUCACCGUAGAUAUAAAUUUAAUUUGUGUUUACCGUGAAAUUUAUCAGAAGGGUGUCCCGUUGGAAAAUGUUUCAUCAACAUCUAUACCCAAUUCUCGCCUGCUUCAAUGUUUGAAUGUAAUUCUAUUUUUAGAGUAGAUGGUAUCUGCACUAUUAAUAAUGCAGAGCGUACAUUAUUUUUUGGCUCUAUAAGCUAUUUUUUUGUUGAUGAUUGUGAAAUUGAGUAUUUUUAUCCAUGAGCUACUGAUUAUGCAAUGUUUUGUAUCUUGUUUUUAAUGUUUUUUUACAAGUUAGAGAGUAAAAUAAUUUGAUCAAUUAAAACUUUGGUGAAUUUUGGGUUUUUGAGAUCAGAUGAACUGAAUAUGUAUUUUGUUUGAAGCGUGCUAGUUUUAAAGUGCAACCUAUCAUUGGUAUCAAGCUGAUAGAAUUGUUUUAAAGUCAAAAAGGUUAACAGAAUUGUUUUAAACCUUUUGUAAGCACAAGGCAAAUAUAGUAGAUGAAUUCUUGCUGAAAAGUUCUUCUGUUUGGAAACUGUGAAGCAUUGUUUCUUGUCCAAAAAAUUACUCUUUUUUUAAAAAAAAGUCCCCAAAUAUAGACACAUUUCAUUUAAUUAUUAAUUUCCAACUGUGAUGGCUUUGUGAAGGUGUUAUUUUUAUGAGAGCGACUGGUUAAUGUAAUACAGAAAUAACUCUGACUGGUUAGUAUUUUUGACAGAAUCUUAUCAGUAAGGGAACAGACUGCAAUACAUAAUUCACUUUAUUGUGCAUAUUUAAAAUGUUUUUCAAAUUCUUGAUGUCUCAUUUUGCAAAAGAUGAAAACUUAUAAAUUAAUCAUAAUUGUCAAAUAAAGAUUAAAAUAUAAUAAAGUGCUCCCCAACACAUCCAAUAAACAUAUUUUCAAAAGUGAUAGGAAAAUUUUAAGAUUAGUUUUUUGUUAAGCUGAACUGAAGUCAGUUUCUCAUUAUAAUAGUUUCACUGUCUGUAGUCUUGAAAUUACACAGAUUAAUUUUUCUUCUGCAUGUUGAUAGAUACUGUCAAGAAGGAGUCAUAAGUAUUUAAGUUAUACAGUGUUAACAGGAGUCAUGUUUGGCAUAUAUCCUAGAGGCUAGUAACACAAAAUUUGAAAGAAAGUGAUAAUGAAAAAUUUGUGUGCUUAGUUUCAUGAUAAGAAAACAUUGAAGACUUUUGCAUGAGUCCCAGCCAGAAUUUAUUAAUCAAAGAGCUCUUGGAGCCAGCUCAUUCAUAUUAAGGCUUAGGUUGGUAUUGAUUUCUGGACUCAUUGAAAAUAGGUACAGUUGACUUCAGUUUAUGUGAACUUUCAAGACCUAUGGAAUAAAUUUCUUUUAUUUUUGGACUGUUGUGUGAUAAGAAAACUUAUGCAUACUAUAUGAAGGCUUGAAAUUAUGUUUCAAGAAAAUGAUCAAGAAAGUGGCAAGGCAUAUUCCACAACAGUGCAAAUAAUCAUGAAAGAUGAUUGCAAAAAAGUGAUUGCGUGACGCACGGUUAGUUGUAAGAUGACAUGUUAUCAUGUAUCAGACAAAAAUCAUCAGUCUGCAUUUUGUACUGACCACAUUGGAAGUGCUGUUUUUGUUCAAGUGAGCCUCAAGUCCGAACCAAAAUAUUGAAGUUAAAAAAAAUUUUAUUGAGACUAUCUUGGUCGCUAUGAUUGAAAUGUGGAAUUUAUAUUGAAGAGCUCCUAAGGACAAGUGCAAUGAUAAUGCAAUGAUUACUUUAUACCAACUGAAGACAAACAUGAAUGCACAGCUUACUAAGAAGGCUGCCUUUGAUGCUCUUUUGCGUGGUCUCAGCAUGAGUUGAAAUGAACCCCCUACCAGUCCCCUAGGUGUGAACAUUUUGGCUUCUUGAUUCAAGUUGCAUUUUCAGAAGUUCAGAAAUGUGAUUUUAGGUUAUUAUAUUUAUAAAACCAUACAAACAUUUUAUUUCUUUCCACAUGAGUUUCUGAGCUUCAUCAAAGUUAAUUUGGACUUUCACUAAGUGGGGAAAGGUAGCAUGUGAGACUACUUCCAUUCAUGGUCCACAAUGCAACGUCCAUCUAUAGAAUACAACUUCCAUCCACAGGCGACAACUUCUGUCAACAUCUGCUUCAUUCAGGGUGUGAAAUUGCACCUAAUACAGGCGCCAAUGCAACUAAAUUUUUCACUUUAGCGACCAAAUCCUGAAAGUUAGUCGCCAAAUUGGCGACUAGAACGUUUCAUUAUAACCUUACCAAGAGAUAUAGAGAAUUUAAAAAAUUUUCUAAGAUUAAUCCGCGGCAAACUUCCUCGUUAAGUUUGUUUCCAAAAUGUAGCACAUAACUAGACGCCAUCUUGGAUUUAGAUAAGCCUGAACGCUGUAUAUCAUCCAUCCUAGUGUCCACUUUGUAGCACAUUAAAGAUGUUUUCCCUAACUUAAUUUUGGAGGGCCUAUCUAGAACGCUGACAGCGUAAAGAAAGAUUUUGUUUGUCUUUGAAAAUGGCGCGCAGCAGAUCACAGCGCUCGCCAACUGUUUCGGACACAGAAAAAAAUUCAUAUCUCAACAACGUUUCAACAAAAACACAAAAAAACGAAAAGUAAUUGAAAAUAAACUUAUGAGCAUUGCAUUUUGAGGUUAAAUUGUUCUGUAACUCAGGAAUUAUGACUCGCAAAAUGAAUUUAAAAUUAUCUGUCUCUCCUAAGCUUUAAAGCGUGACGCAUCAAGUGGUGAACACUUUCGUUGAUUUUAAGAAAGAUUUAGCUCAAAUUUUCAGGAUUUCGGUUGCCACUUUGCUUAAAAAGGAACUAUUUUCAUUAUCUGUUAAGUCUUACGGUUAUAUACGAGGUUUUAGUGGGCAAAAACAGGAAAACAGUGAAUAGUGAAGCCGAUGCAUGUUACAUGUGACGCCAUGUUUUUGUCGCUUACUUUACAAUUCGGCUCCAAUUCAAUAUUUCAGAGAUCCUUUAUUCUACCUCUGUUUAGUCCAAAACCAUCUUUAACACGUGUAACAAUUGUGGGAAGUCUCAAGCAGAUCUGAUCAUUGUGCGCCGAGAAAUUCUUAAAAGAUUCAAGCAAAUCCGUGAUUUUUCAAUUUGAACGUGACAAGCGUGCUACUGAUCUUUGUCUUGUGAAACAGGGUACUCAUAAAUAUGUGGUAUGCAGCUGGUUUUCUGUUUUCAUGUGAGAAAAAUAUGCCGCAGCACUCACCUUCUAGCAUCAUUAUACAAACCCCUCGUUCUUUUCAGUACUACGAAAUUUGUGCCAUAUCAAUACCCACAUUCAGUCUUUGACUGUCAAUUUUUAAUUAUUGUCUUAAAGGUUUUGUCUGAAGCACUUACAGUGCUGGAACGGAUGAAACACAGAGGAGCUGUUGGGUGUGAAGAGAGCUGUGGAGAUGGUGCCGGUGUCAUGACAGGAAUUCCACAUGCUUUCUAUGAACAAGUUAUACAGUAAGAAUUUUGUUUAUAAACUUUGUGAUUGUUUCUAGUGCAGUGGAUGUAACAAACUGUAGACUUGAUCUGGCAGAUUAUUCAGUUACAAGGUUUUCAUCAAAGACCUCAGAAGUCUAUGCACAUGAACUGCUGCUCCCUUCUAUACAAGAAAGCUGGGUAAAUAAAAAAAGCAAUGUACAUGGUAUUUGUGCUAUGGUUUAGGGAAGGAAAAUUGCUUUGGCCUAUAUUCAAUAAAAGAGAACAGAGGUUUUUGUGACACAUUUGGCAAACUGUUUUGCAGUACUUUGUUAAGAAAAAAGAAACUCUGUCUUUGCACAGUGAUGCUGAUCUGCCUGUGGGAAAAUCAUACUGUUUGUUACGUACAUGUCUAGACUCGUUCCUAUAGUUACAUUGUGUAUUACUGAAAUAUGUACUUGUGGGACCUUCUGUGUUUGAAUUAAUUGGGAAGUUGUAAAGGAAUAUGAUAAAAUAUUGAAAGACUGAAAUAAAUUGCUAGAAAAUGUAAGAGGAAACACACUUUAUUAGGAUCAAGCUGUAUUUUUAUCUCUCCAUGAUGUCAUAAAUUGUUUACAAUUAGGUGAUAUUUUAUUUGGAUACAUUUUUUCACCCUUAGACUUGAUAAUUUAUGUCAACUUUCAGAGAAAACAAACUUGGAUUCACAUUGCCCAUAGCUGGUGAUUAUGCAACUGGAAUUUUCUUUAUUGAUACAGAUCCUAACAUGGUAAGCUGAUUUUAAUAAUGGCAAAAAAGCUUGUUAACCCCUUUAACUCCUAGAUCAACUGUCAACCAUACAAUUCUUAUAAUGUUAGUUCAGAGAAUUUAGUAUUGGAUCAAGUAAUUAUCCCUAAAUUGAUAUUUUUCUUUUUUUUUUAUUACUUAUCUGGUUGAUAUUGUAUUGGUAUUGUGAAGAGAAAUUCUGUCUUGGUCACUCAUGGGAGUUAAAGGGUUAAGAUAUUUGCAUCAGAGUCUUUGUUUCUUGCUUCCUGAAUGAUCUGUGUCUAAGAAUCAAGUUUGGGAAAUAAAGAAUCAAGAUUGGAUGACUCUGAAUUGUGUCACUGAUGAAAUUUGUAUCAGUUGUGACAUAUGCGAGUCAUUCUGGAUAUCUUGACUUUUUUAAGUAUUUGUGUUCAAUGGGAAUGCCAGAUAUUUUUGUGAAAUCCUCUUUUUUUUAAACUUAGAACAAGUCUAAGUGCUAAACAUGAACUUGUGGCUCACUUUUGAGUAAACCACAAAUUUUUACUUGCAUUUUCAUGUAACCCUUUCCUGGAAACUGACAUUUUAUUUCUAGCAACAAUAGAUUCAAAUGACAUGAAGCUAACUUUGAAAUAUUGAGCUUCAAGCCCUCGUAUGCAACCUACUCUAAGACAGUCACCUUAUGAUGGACACUUGUGAUAAUAGUUUGUACAAAUGCAGUGGACACUUAAAAACUGAAAAUGAAUUAAGGUAAUGAAGAAUAUCCAUGAAAUUGAAUCAGCAAUCAGUUUAAUUUGAAUCUCUCAUGUUUAUUUCUGCAUCAGGCCAAAGUAUGUGAAGACAUGUUUUCAGGACUUGCUAAGGAAUGCAAAAUUGAGGUAUAAGUGAAACUUACAACAUUUAGUUUUCUUGAAAUAUUUUGGCAUGGAUUAUUUCCUCUGUUUUUCAUAUCUUAUAUUUUCUCUGUUGUACACUAGUUUAUAAGGUAUCUUUCUGAAGUUUCUAAUAUUUCUUUCUGAUUUAAAUGGAUAGGUCCUCGGUUGGCGGGAUGUGCCAUUUGACAACAGCAUGAUUGGAAAAACUGCAGUUGAAAGCCAGCCACUAAUCAGACAGGUACAACUUUAAGUAACUUGGAAACUGGAGCCAUUUGAAAUAUGACUGCAUAUAGGGCUUACUUGAAGAAUGUAAAUCUCUUUUUUAAUUACUUUUAGGUGUUUGUGACAAGUUCACUUGACCAAGAAACAUUUAAAAAGCAGGUAUGGAAACAUUUAUUCAAGAAACAAUGAAAAAUCAAUCAAUGGUUAUUGUGAAAAGAAAUCCUGUGUUUUGAUUGGCUCUGGCUACUUGAAAGAUUGUUCCUAAUGUCUUAAUGCCCACUUAGGGCUUCCUUCUUUGUUCCUGUCUUAAUGAUUACUCUGGUUGUAUUCAAGAAAAGCACUUUGCCAUUGAUCAAUCCAUGUUUUUUCACUGUGGAGGAGGGGGGUGGGUGGUUGGGGGUAUUGGUAUCACUCUUUUUUUGGAUUUUACAGUUCCCUAUAAUAACUCUAUACAAAUUACAUUUUCAUCCAUCUUGAUCCACACACACAUCAUGCCUCUCACAUUAGGAUUGCCAAACCAUGGUUCCUGCUUUCUCCUUUUGUGGCUGCUUCAAUCACAAGCAGGGGUAAUUGUGCUUGGAAGUUGGGAAGAAGGUCUCAGACAAUGUGGAGCUCAUCUUUACUUAUUGAUAAAUAUUAUUUUGAUCCUUUCUUGAAUUUUCAGGUUUAUCUCUUGAGAAAAAUGGCUACAAAUAGAAUUGGCACAAAAAACCGGCGGUUCUACAUCUGUAGUUUAUCCUGUGACACCAUUGUUUACAAGGUAUUUACUAUGUUUAUUGAAUUGGAUAAUAUAUUGCUUAAUGAAAUUUUUAGGAUUAUCAGGAGGUGGCAUGGGGGAGUGGUUAGGGUGCUUGACUUGUUAACUAGUGUGCUAGGUUGCCAUUCACUGGAUUUGUUCUUGGUCACUUUGAGUUCAACUCCUCAUCUGCACUGUGUUGCAGCCAAACUGGACUGCCUGCUGCAAGUUGGGAUUUUCAAGCAUUUAAUGUUUAUUUCAGUCAUUGUAAAGUGCUAUUGGAUAGUGAUGGAAGUAACACUAUUUAAAUAAUAAAUUUAAAAUAAUAUUAUUAUUAUGAUUGUAUAUAUUAUAUAUAUAUAUUAUAUUAUAUAUAUAUUAUUAUUAUUAUUAUUAUUAUUAUUAGAAAAUAACAAUGAUUUUUUGGGAUUAUGAUCUCAGGGAAUGUUAAAGCCAGACCAACUCCAAGAAUUCUAUUUAGAUCUGCAGUGUAAAGAUUAUCGGUGAGAACAUUGUUUUACAAUAUUACAACAGCCCAUGAUAGAUCAUUAACUUCUUCACUACUUGUUAUUGAUUUGUGUACAUGUUGCAUGUUGAUGUAAAGAGCAUCCAAUUAGGACUUUCAAAUUAAUCUUUUCAUUUUUAAUUAUCUUUAAUUGAUUUAAUUCCUUGAAGUUUCCCAAUUAGAUUUUCAUAGAAAGGAGGAUGCCUUUCAGGGGAAAAAGCAAAAUAGUAGCAUGUUGUAAUACUCCUUUUGUUUUGAAUUUUGAUUUUGUUUGUCUUCGGAUAGGACCCAUUUUGCUUUGGUUCAUGGAAGAUUUUCCACAAACACAUUCCCCAGCUGGGAGAGGGCUCAUCCAAACAGGUUUGUGUCUUUCAACUUUGUUUUGUCAAAAUUUUUUAAAAUUUAUUUUUAAAAUUUCUAUUUAUAAAUUAAUCCAUUACACUCUAACAUCUGUAUAUAGAGUCGUCAUACUUUUUUCUAUACAUUUCUUUUGGUACAUGCAAGGAGAAUUUGUCUAAAAAUCAAGAGCUUGUUGAGUUUGUUAUUGUUUACUUUAUUCUUAUGACCUUGGUAUUUGAUUCAGGGGUGAUGCUUAUUACUCUUAGUUCAAGGGAUAAUGAAAUUUAUAUGUUGUGCUAGUGGCAAGUGUUAUGGUUGUUGCAUUUGUACUGGAGGAACUGCAGUGAUGAUUAUGAUGAUGAAGUAGAUAAUGUUGAUGGUAAUAGAGAUUAUGAUAGUAAUACUGAUGGUGAGAGAGACAUGAUUAUUAUCAGAGAUUUUACUGAUCACUGCUGGUGUUUUGUUAAAUCUUGUUGUGAAAGAGCACUGUCAGGAAAGGCUAUAGACAGGUAGAAAAUAACUUUGAAAAAAACUUCUCUCUCUCUGUGAUUUGAAAGUGAGUUUUAAAAGUAUCUUUCUCCUUCCCUCUACUGAGAGAAGGAAAAAUAAUGGUGAUGGUGAUCAUUACUCUUUUGCUAUUACAGAUAUCUAGCUCACAAUGGAGAGAUCAACACAAUAAGAGGAAACAUCAACAACAUGAACACAAGAGAAGGAACCAUGGUUAGCAAGUACUUUGGCAGCAACACCCAAAAGUAAGAAGACUGAAACAGCACUUAGCGCUAACAGCUAAAGGCAUCCAUUUAAAAAAAAAAUUUCAAGAAUAAAUAAAUUGGCCAGUAAAUUUGUGGGCUAGUGGCUGAAAGACACAUGGCUGUAGUAAGGGUUAAUGAACUUAAAAGUUUUUAUUAAUUGAUUUCUGUUCCUCGACUUCCUUAGGCUAUUUCCUGUAAUAGAAGCAGACUUGUCAGACUCAGGAAAUGUGGAUAACGUUUUGGAACUUCUUGUCAUGGCUGGAGGACGUUCCCUCCCAGAGGUAUAAUGCACUACUUUAAAAUCGCCCACCUUCAUGUACUAUUUUGAGUGAAAUUUGUAAAGUUAGAAGGGGGGGGGGGGGGUGAUGAGAAACAGAGGAACAGUGCAUGAUCUAACGUGUAAUUCUUACAGCUUCAUGCACAACUAUAAGAAAUGCAUGGCAUGCUGUAAAGAGAAUUUGUUUUGAGAUCUUGGAGUUGAAAAAUGGAAGGAAAGAGAAAAGUUAAUAAUUAUUGACAAGGGUAUCUUUUUCUGUAUUUGAAGGUACAGCACUUUUGCCCUAAAUUAUACUGAUCCAUAAAUAUAUGUUCUGUAUGUAUUCAGUGCUAUUGUUGUUAUCUCUUAGGCUGUUAUGACUAUGGUUCCUGAAGCAUGGCAAGGCAACAGUUUAAUGAAUACAGAAAAACAGGAUUUUUAUCGUUGGAUUUCCUGUAUGAUGGAGGCAUGGGAUGGACCUGGUAUGUGAUAUAGUCUGAGCAAAACCAGAAAUGUCAUGAAGCUUUUAAUUUCUGAAGACAUGUAGGAGUUAUACUAUUAUUUAACUACCUUUAUUAAUAGUGGUGCUUCCAGCUUCUUCAUAGUCUAAUAACUUGGUUUGUAUUGAAUCAUCAAGCCAACCUCUGCCAGUUUGAUAGCAGAUCGGUCUUGACAUAAAUCAACACUGCUAAUACUGUGUAGUUACAUCAUUUAUUUCAUUGCUUAAUUACAGCUUUGUUUACAUUUUCUGAUGGACGAUACAUUGGAGCUAUCCUGGACAGGAAUGGACUGCGCCCAUCAAGAUACUAUGUGACUAAACAAGGCUUCAUGGUCAUGGCAAGUGAAGUUGGAGUCAGUACAUUCCCUGAUCAAGAUAUUGUACAGAAGGUAACACAUGAAAUGUUCAAGAUGGAUAUUAAGUAAAUUGCAGAAUAUUAAGUUAAUUAAUUCAUAAAAUUCAUCAGUGGUACAUUACAUUUAUGGUUUGCAGGGUUUUCUUUAAAGUUUUAAGUAGCCAGAACUUUUUUAAAGGUAAAUGGUAUUCAUAUCUUGAAAUCCAAUAUGGCAGACAAAACAUCAUAUCGUUUGUACUUUCCUGCCAUGGCAGCAAGAUUUGUCAAAAAGAUAGUUCCCAUCAUUAACUAACCUUGAGUCAGAAGUCUUUUUAUGUUUUCAGAAAAGAUAGGCAGUGCAAAUUGAUAUUUUUAUUGAGCCAAAGUUUAGACCUGAUAAACAUCAUCUCUGUACGGGCUCUCAAAGCAAUGAAAAUAGCAGGCAAAACCUUGCAGAGAAGCCAGCUUACUUCACCAGCUGCCAGCUCUUAUCUACAACCCUGGGUUUGGCUCUUAAUCAUUCACUCCACUUCACUUUACUUCCACUUCACUUCACUUGGUUUUUAGGGGAUUUUUCAUGGAGGGGAAAAAUUUGAGAACCUUGAAAAAGACUUGGAACCAAACAGCAAACUCAACCUACAAUGGAUGCCAGGUCUGGGAAUCAAACCCAGGCGCAACCAGUAUGAUUCUACUGUUGUUUCCAUUACACCGUCUAGAGUGCUCCUCAAUCGGGAGAAGUAUUGUCCAAUUGUCUUUGGCUUGUUAGGAAGCUAGUCCAUCAAAAGUUACCACAAGCAGUUUGUCUGGUUUCAGCUCAAAAACUGACUCCAUCUAUGCUUGCUGACAGAGACAAAAGUUCACUGAAUGUAAAUCAAGGUGACUGAGGUCUUUUCCAAAGCUUCUGCUACUGCUGUGCUAGACUCAAAUGAAACUAUCAAUCCCUCAAUAUGAAUACAUCAAGAUAAUUAAAUCAGGCAUGACUAGAACAUGCCAUUUCAAAGCAUGUUUGGAUCCUGCUAGACAACUUGUCAAUGUGCCUUGAUUCAAUCAUGCCAAUGGGAUGGUUUCAAGCUUUGCUAUGCUCAAAUCAAAUAUAAUUUUACAACAAUUGCAGAAGCUUGAUAGUUGGAAAGGCCUUAGACUAUAGAAUCUUUUUCUUUUCCAAGGGUCGUUUGCAACCUGGAAGAAUGCUUCUAGUGGACACAGAGUUGGGGUCUAUUGUGGAGGAUCGUGAGGUGAAACACAGAAUGGCCAGUCUGCGACCUUGUGGUGAGCUGCUGAAAAAGAAUGUGCGAACUUUGGAAGAUAUUCACCAAGCCUACCAAGCUUCAAAGAAUCUUUCUGCAGACAAAGUGCCUUUGAUCCAGCCAUCCUCACAGAAUGAGUUAAUCCACAGAGACAAAAGACUGCCAAUGUUUGGUUAUUCCUUGGAGGAUCUGAACAUCCUAAUUCUGCCAAUGGUUAAAAACAAGUAAGUGGAAUUUCAAGCCUUUCUUCAUCAACUAUGUAUUGAGAGAAAUUUUAGUUGGCCACAAAUUUAUGCACGAGUGGAAAAUAAUUAGACAGUCAUGUAAAUGUUUCAUUCCUCAAUUGAAGUGGAGGCAAUAGGAAUGAUUAAUUAAUGCAUAAAGCCAUGCAUUAUGAUUUUUAAAGAGGUAGUUUUUCAGGUAAUGUAAAGUCAGAGUGGCGCUUUAACUCCCAAGAUCUGAUUAUUAAUUCUAGUUGCUAAUCAGUCUCUUCUAAAUUAGUUUGGAGAAUUUGGUCUUACAUCAAGAAAAACAACUUCUAUGUGAUAAGUUUAAGUAUUCUCAAUACCUGUUUGCUAGAUAGUGUAUGGAUAUUAUAGGGAGAAGUUACUUCUUAAUCACUUCUGAGAGUUAAAUGGUUAAGAAUGUUAGACUAGUGUGCAACCCAUGAUAGGGUUGCAUACCAGAUGGGGCUCCAAUGUCAACUUCUUUUCUAAGUUGCUAUUUGGCAACCUAAAAUAAAAUAUGGGCACCAGAAAUUAAAUAUCUGUCCCUGGAAAAAGGAAAGAGAAACUCACAGGUUAUUGUUUUAAGAGGUUCAAGUGACAUCUCUAGACUCAAGACUUAGACAACUGUGGAUAAGAUGGUGAAUUUUUAUCAGAGAAAAUUUUUUCUUUUCUGUAUCUUUCUUAUAAACCAAAAUGGUGGCAGUUUAAAGUACUACAUUCAGGUUAUAGAUAGCUCUUGCUAGCAGUCUUUGGUCUUACCAGCUAAUUGGUAUUUGGCAAAGAGUUUCUUUUAUUUAGUGCUCUGAUUGUUGAUUAGGAAAGAGGCUCUUGGUUCCAUGGGUAAUGAUGCACCCUUGUCCUGCUUGACAAUGCACCCACAGUUGGUAUUUGAUUACUUUAAACAGCUCUUUGCGCAGGUAUGUUGUAACAAAUUUGAGAUUUUCUUAUCUGAAGUCAUUAUAUCUUCUCUAAGCUCUCAGAGAAAGCAUGCCAACAUCUAUGUUUUUGUCAUGGCAAAGUUAUGCUACCCUUUUUCCACAACAGUUUGUCUUACUGUACAUAAGAAAAUCAGGGUUUUUAAGUACAUUGAUGCACAACAAAUGGAUUGCAGAUUUUCUGUUAAGAUUUGUUUUAGACUGGAACUGUCCAAUUUGUUGUGAGGCCUGUUUAAAGGUUCUCUAUCUUUACUCCAUGGUCAUAUAACAUUUGUUGGGGGAGAUGAAAAUAUAUUAGGAGUGUGUUAGCAGAAUUUUCAAUCAUCAUGUUAUUUGAAGUGUGCAAAUGUGAUUGAAGCUAGUUAGUGGCAUAUUGGCAUGAAUAUAGACUUGUUCCAAAUUUUUUUUCUAUCAGCCUUCAACGUAAACUUCACCCUUUUAUCUUUGCUUUUUCUGAUGCUUAAGAUACUUCUUAAACCCCCUGACAUGUCAGGGUUUUUAGUGAAUAGCCAUGAUAAUAAUAUAGUGUUGUGUGUAUGUGUGAUGAUGGCUUCAUUUUGGUUUAGGUGACAAAUCCUCCAAUUGAUCCAAUUCGUGAGAAAAUUGUCAUGUCACUGGUGAGUCUUUGGCAGCUUUUUCAAAUUUCAGUUUGAAGUUUAUGUAAGAGUUUUACAGUGAAAAUGCUCCUCAGCAAGGGCACCUUUAUGGGGUGACUCUUCCAUUGUUUCCAGGGUCACAUUUGAAUCUUUAGCAUUAACUCUUGAGUAAGGAGGAAAAUUAAAGGUGCUAGAAUAAAACUCUGGGAAUAGGGAUGAGAACCAACAAAAACUUCAACCCAAAUGUGAUUUCAAGUCUAGAAAUAAAUCCUGGCAGUGGUGAUUGACAGUAACCAGUCUCAUGACUGUACCAUCCAGACUCACCUUUGUUGUAAAGUUCACUACUACUAUAGUGUUUUAAGACAAUGGGAAAGUCCAUUUUUCAUGUGUUGUGUUGUCAACUUCCAGGAAUAAAUUAUCAUAAUUUGUAUCAUUCAUUUCAAGGCAUGCCCAGUUGGACCUGAGCCAAAUCUCCUUGACCCUGAUGUUUCAGACUGUCCACGUGUGUAUUUAGAACACCCAAUACUUUCUAAUGCUGAUGUACAGGCAAUCAAAGAAAGUGGUCUAUCCUGGUGUAAGGUUUGUACACACAAUUUAUAAAUUGCAAAUUUAUUUGAGUCGUAGAGGGUUAUGUUUGUUGUGUUCAAGCAAAGAACAAGGUUUUAAAAGAACAUGAAAAACUUUGAUUGUAGAUUCACAACUACUAACUUAUUUAAUUUACAUUAACCUAAAUAACAUAUAUAUAUGGUGAUCACAAUAAAUUAUUUGCAAGUUAACAAUACGCAAUCAACACUAAGUUGUAUUUGGCCUAUUAGCAAUCAACACCACAGUGUUCUAAUAACAGGUCUCUAUUUCAGACACAGACUAUUGACAUGGUGUACCCUGUAAAAGAUGGAGUGAAUGGUCUUGUUCCAUCACUUGAUAGAAUUUGCAAAGAGGUAAGCCCACUGUGUAAUUAGACUAUUUGGUAGAAUUUUAAGUGUUACUUAACUUACAAGUGUUACUUUACUGUUACUGGACUUCAAUUGUCAUUACAAAUUCUGGUACCCUUGAAAUAUAUGUUCUAUGCUAAUAAACAGUGUAUGGUGAACAGUUGAUAAAAUACCCCCCAUAUCAAGGGAAUAAAAGGGUUUAAGGUAAUGGAAGACUGGUGGCAUAUCUAGAAAAUUUAAUUGGCCACUUUUCUUGUAAUGAUUGUAAGGUAUCAUCUUUUUCUUUUAACAUACAUUAAUCUUGUUUUUCCCUCUUUUUGCCCCAAGGCAUCUGAAGCUGUGGAAAAUGGAUGUGCUUUUCUUGUGUUAUCUGAUAGAGCUGCUGGAAGGGAACAUGUACCUAUGAGGUGAUGUUAAACUGUUUGUACUGGAUUUAAAAAAUAAAAAGAGGUGGUAAAAACUAAAAGAAGGAUGCAGUAAAUUAUUAGUGGACACACUUAACUGCUAGUUCCUUGGGUUGUCUUUGAUACAAGCAAUAUGUCUGCUCAUUUGCCUUAACUCAAACAGUCUUGGUGUAAUUAAAGGACAAACUUAGAAAAGAAAAUGGUGCAAAAGCAAUAUUUUAUUGACAUGUUUUUCUCAGUUUAACUAAGAAGGAAACUAUGUAGUGAAAACAUUAUGGCUGGCUAUGUGAUGUAUGAAGACAAGUUAUCAAAAUGGUGACUUUCUCUGCAAUUUCAGUCAUGGAAUCUUUUUUCAACUUGCCUAGGGAACCAUUAUUAACUGCUGCAUGCUUGAAAGGCUAUCUUGUUUUUCAAAUAUGCAUAACCAUGUUCUUUUCCAGGCUAUCCAGGCUCUUUGUUUAUUUUAACAGAGUUGUCAGUGAAUUGAAAGACUAUCAACAGCCUGUUUCACCAUGAGUGUCCAUACAUUUUGCAGAAAGAAAAGAUGGUUCCUUUGACUAUAUACAGCAUCACUAAAUCCUUUUUCACUGUUUCUAUUGUAGUUCAUUACUGUCAUUGGGGGCAGUUCAUCAUCAUCUCAUCAGAAUGAAGCAAAGGUCACAGGUUGGACUGAUUGUUGAGUCAGCAGAGAUAAGGUAGGGUCUUUUUCCUUGUGCUUUUUCUUUUUUUUAUUUUCACAGUCCAAAAACAGAAUGACUCUGCUUUCCUUUCCCUUCCUCAACAAGUACUUUGAUAGCAUUGUUUGGUUGUUUUAUGCAGUUUGUUUUAACUUGUAUGUCAGAUAAUAUGAUGGCAAUUUCACCAGCUAUUUUUUAUGUAGGGAAAUCCAUCACUUUUGUGUUCUGCUGGGUUAUGGUGCUGAUGGAAUUUCCCCAUACUUGGUUUUUGAGACUGUUGUAAAUCAGCGACAGCAAGGUAUACUAUAAAACAGUCAGCUGUGUUUACUCUUGUUAGCAAGUUGUUCAUGGUAAUUUUCUAGGUGAGGUUGGUCUUAUUGACUAACAUUUCAACAGCCAGAGAGCAAGUCCUCAUUUUUAAUAUGUACUUAUUUACUGAGUGGGAGGGCAGAACUGCAAAAUAUUUGGCACUAAUAAUGAUCAUGAAUUACUGAUCAAGUGCAGCCUUACUCAGUCAAUAAGUGUUAAAUCAUAUGAGAACUAAUAUGUUAAAAAGUUUUUCAAUUAACUUUGUAGCUGAACAGGACUUGGUUACAUACAUAAGAAGGGCAAACUGGACAACUGCAUAAAUAUUUUAUGAUCAAAACUUUUUCUUUAUUUCUUUGAUUGAAAACAAGAAUGCAGCAAUUCAUUUUAAGUUCAAGUUUAGAAUUAAAAUUAAUUUUUCUUGCAAAAUGCAACAAAGCCCUGACAUUGUGGGGCUGGACAAAUUUUUCUUGGGAUCAUCUCAUUUCUACCUCUCCAGCUCCACAUGUCAACUUUCAUCAUGGUUUUCUAUGAGAUUGUGCACACAGGUCAGGAGAGGUCUUAUGAUAAAGUGCCCUACAUAACUUUGAAGGUUAUUUCUGAUGCAGUUGUUACUGCCAGGUUCAAACUAUUUACCACAUUUCUUAUUCUUAAUACUAGUUCAAAUGUAGUUUUUCUGAUGUACUCACUUUCAAUGUGUUGUCCAAAAACUCUCUCAGGCAUGCUGGAUCCUCCUCUGUCAGAUAAGGAAAUAGUUGAGAACUAUACUUUUGCUGUGAAAAAAGGUAUAGCAAAGGUCAUGGCGAAAAUGGGGAUUUCCACUUUACACAGUUACAAGGUUAGUUCAUGUAUUUCUGCAAAGGUGGAAAGAUGUCACUGGAAGUGGCUUGUUCAUAAAACCAUCCAUCAACAAUAUGUCUUCAAAUUGUAUUCAAUAUUCUUUGUCUGGUAUUAUACAUGAAAAUUUAAAAUACUGCCUGUUCACUUUGUCAACACAAAAAUAAUGGGAGGGAGGAGAGGACAGACAUUUGCAGUUGUAAUCUUAAGUUGGAGGAAUGUGAUUCUCUUUUUCUGUCAUCUGGAAAUGGUUAGGUGUUCAUAAGUUUGCUGGAGAAAACUUGUAUUUUUACACUCUUCUUCCAAGCUCAGUCACAGUUUGCAGGGAUGUGUAUCUAAGCAGGCCAACACCAGCUCAUAUCUACUUUCAGCCAGCUUAAAAAAUAUGAAAACAAGAAAUACAAAAAUGCAAAAUCACGUAUGAAAGAAUGCUGUGUUUUCUCAUGCAUUGUGUGAACAUGGUAAACAUUUCCAAAACUUUCAGAUAUUUACAGUUUUCUUGAUAUGACAUUAAUAUUCAGUCAGACAUAAACAUUAGGUAUUGAUUCUUUUUUAAUAGGGUGCGCAAAUAUUUGAAGCUGUUGGGCUUGCAGAGGAGGUAAAAGAUAUAAUGACAAUUAUGUAUUAUGAAUAUUUUAUAAAUUUUUAAUGUUAUUUAAAAGUUAACUUCAUCCAUUAGCAUUUUUGUAAAGCUUACUUUGGAUAUCACUUGUUGAUAUGUCUGGUUAAUAAAGAAGUUACUUAUAUUUGGCAUUUUUUUUUAAUGGGAUAGCAUUCAAAUGCUAUUGAAAUUAAAAUUCACUUCAACUUUACUUAGGUGCCCAAUUUUGUAAUAAACACAUUGUUACUGUUUGCUUGAAGAAAAAAAUUAUUGUCUUGCAGGUGGUGGACAAGUGCUUUGCAGGAACUGCAUCUAGAUUGAGUGGAGUGACAUUUGAAAUGUUAGCACAAGAGGUGUGUACUUACAGCCCCUUUAGUGCUCAAUGACAUAUGCCUAAUCAGUGAUCAGUUAAUAUUAAGUGUAAGAUUAUAAUUAUAUUCGGCUCCCUAUUUUACAGGCAUUGGACAAGCAUAGCAUUGCAUAUUCUGACCGAGAAUGUGACAACGUCCUCGUCAACAACAAGGUACUCGAGAGUGUUCACAUGUAGUUGGUCAUUUAACCUUUUAUGCAGACCCAGGUCAUGCUUCAUAAUACUUCCCUGGUUGAUUUCAAUGAUACCAAUACUUGUGCAAUUGGCAAGAGACCAUGAAUCAAAGGGUUCUUCAAUAUCAAUUGUGUUAAUAGUCAAAUUGAUGUGAAUCAUGCUUUGACUGGUUUGUGUUUAGGGCGAGUACCACUGGCGGUUGGGAGGAGAAAAGCAUAUCAAUGAUCCUAGAUGCAUCGCAAACCUACAGGUUAGUUUGUAAAACACACUAUUACUCAAUUGAAGCACCUCCCUUGAGUUUUAAAAUGUUCUUUGUAUUAUGGGAAUAGACACUGUGUAACUUCCUCUUGCAAAGGUUCUGCCACACAUUUCUUCUGAACCAUCCAUCUUAAGAAUGAUGAGUAUCUUAAUUCUCCUUAGAAUUUCAUUGUGAAAAGUGAAUGGGAUUGGUUAUGAGAUGUAAGGGGAGUGUCAUUCAGGGGAUAUGGCAUAGAUUAGGUUAUUGCCUAGAUUAUUUAUGGAAUAAAAGAGUUAGGGUGUCUGUGUGUGUGUGUGUGGUUUUUUUUGGUUUUUUUUUUGGUUUGUUUUUUUCUGAAGUAUUUGGUAUAUAUUGUUUUGAACAGGAUGCUGUAAGAAUGAAAAGCCAACCUGCCUAUCAAAAGUACAGUGAGACAUCCAUUGAAGUGGUGGGUUACUGUUGCAGUGAAAAAUGUUCUUUAUUUUAAACUUUUGCAAGUAGUCUUGUUUAGGCUUGUCAUUUAUGUUUGUCUUUAAUACUCUAGGUACGUUCUUGCACCCUCCGAGGACAGCUGCAGAUUAAAUUUGCCAAGAAACCUCUGGACAUCUCAGAAGUUGAACCAGCUUCAGAGAUUGUCAAGAGAUUUGCAACAGGUAGGCACAAAAUUAAACUAUCUGUGACAACAGCUGACUAGCAGAUAGUAAAUUAUGAAGUUUGUUUAUAGAGCACUCUUUUGCUUUAGUUAAUUUAUUUCUCAAAAGUAUGUCUAUAAGUGAAAUAAUACUUAAGAACUAGUUGUUUGUACGAUAGUUGUCAUAAUGAUUUUCUCUUUAGGUGCCAUGAGUUUUGGUUCCAUUUCAUAUGAAACCCACACAACUCUUGCUACAGCUAUGAACAAGUGAGUAGUUGUUUGUUUUGAUUCUUUUAAAUUUCUCAGACAGUCAGGAUUUGUUGAUUUAUUGGUAUGUAUUGAAUGCAAUUGAAGCCUUCUUAUAAUAGCCAUUCUUAUUGGAGGAAAGUCAUCUUUCAAACUCUUGUCAAAUCCCCCACUCAAACACUAUAUACACAUUCUGGUGAGAACACCUUUCCCUACUUAUAAGCAAACACUAUAUAUCAGAAACUGGUUCAAACUUUCUUCUUUCUUCAAAAGUCCCUAUAUGUGCAUGCACUCCUGAUCUCUCUCAAUGUUUAGCAAACUUCACUUUCCUUGGAGCCCCAUGACAUAAAAAGGGACUUCUGUUUAUGAAUAGGUAUAUUAGUCUUCUGUUGUGAACCCAGAUCUGCACUUCUUUUGUUUUGUUUAGUUUUGUCUUAUCUUGUUUUUUUUUUUAGUUCUGUCUUGUUUUGUUUUUGUUUUUUUACAAUGUAUUUUGCCAACAAUGACUCGUUUGUUCCUAUAUUUGUAUUCUUCUGUUGACCAUGAACAGGGAAAAUCCUUCCUAUAAGAAAGAAAAUGUAUAAUAUGAAAUAGCAUGUGGACAGAACUUUACUUUCCUCUUCCAUCAGAAUGGGUGGUAAAAGUAACACAGGUGAAGGUGGCGAGGAUCCAGUGAGAGGAAGUGACAACAACACCAGAUCUGCCAUCAGGCAAGUGGCUUCUGGAAGAUUUGGAGUGAAUGCAUGGUAUCUUGCAAUGGCAGAAGACCUGCAGAUCAAGAUGGCACAGGUAAUCUUUAAAUCUCUCUCUAAAAGUAUUAGUGAAAUUGUGACCAUGAUUGUGUUUUGAGAUUCACAAGUUAGAGUAAUCUAACCUUUCAAAAACUGUCUUCUGAUCCAAUUGAAAAAUGUUUCAAAGGAUGCAGUCAUUUUAAAUCUUGCUCAUCGACUUGGGUGUUCACCUGGCAUGAUUUGAGUCAUUUUUUGUCUUCUCCUUUUGGUACAUUGGUCUGUCUGUGCUCAAAUGUUCAAAUUUGAAUUUUUUUUCUUUUUUCAGGGAGCUAAGCCAGGUGAAGGUGGAGAAUUGCCAGGAUACAAGGUAUGAAUGACUUCGUUUACUUUAUGUAUAAUUUGUGGGUAAAUAUUGCUCAUAUGCUGGUCAAAAUGAAGAUCAGUGUGACAUAAGGUUUGUGUGCACCUUGUCUGAUAAAAAUAAGUACUUAACAAAUUUUUAUACCCAAAAAAAAAGCCAAACUGGGACAUUCACCUAGAUAAAUCAGCUGGAGAAGCAAGGUGGAGGCACAUUCCCCCCACCCUCCUUGACCUCAAGGUUUGGAUCUGUCAGAUUCCAUUCACACAAAGCUCCUGAACGAAGAAAUUUAAAAAAUUAAAGUGAAGGCCUAUCAGUCUAAGUCUUUCACUAAACAGGUGUUUUUUAUUAUAGUGAACUUCUUGCUAGGGCUCAUCUUACAAGCCUGUACAACAGGUGACUGCAGGACAUAGCUAUUCUAAUGUUCAAGGUCAAAUACAGGCUGCUGCCAGUAAACAUUAUCAACAUUUUCAGGAACUCUCCUUCAGACUACAAUCUUAGGAAGUCAGACUUUUUCAUCCAGAGAUACAAUACAGUAAGAUUUAGGAAACACUUGCUAAGAUUUCUUGGGCCAUAACUCUGGUCAAAAUCACUUACUAAGGACAGUUCAAUAGUAUCAUUAAAUGCAUUUAAGUCUAGUAUAAGUAAAAGGGACCUGACCGCCUUAGUGACAAAGACAUGCUCCAACUUUCAUCUGUGUAAAUUGUGAUCUAGUAUUUAUUGUGAUCUGGUAUUUAUUAAAACACAUGUAGUAAUUGCAAUACUACUACUUAUUUACCACAAUUAGUUAAUGUAGAUAGAUGUACUACAGACUAAUAUAGAAUCCACAAAAUGGAUUUAACAUUAACUUAUUACAUAUAGUUUUAAAACAUUUAUAGUACACGCACAUAAUUUCAUAGGUACAUAAUAUACAGAAUUUCAUUUUAUACAAUAUUAGUACACAAGAAUUCACAACAUAGACCUAACUUUUAUUUAUUAGGUACAGUUUUGAUGCAUUCAUUGUAUUUUCUUAUAUUUGGUGGGUGGGUGGGUGGGUAGGUUUUUGAAAUGUACAAUUGUAAGCGUCAUAUAUAAUAUAUAGAUCAUAACAUAAUAUUCACAGUGUUUUUACAAUUCUCGCAAUUAUUUUUUUACAAUCAUUUUUAUCAUUAUUGUACUAAAUAGAUACACCCUUAGUUUCAGUUUGUUUUAACCAUUUUUUGUUAAUGUUCCCAAUUAGUUAGCUACAUGUGGCUAGCCAGAAGACUUAGACACUUAAUUAAAGUUAUUGAUUGAAUUUUUGAAUUUUUGUAAUAUUAUCUAAAGGCACAAAUCGACUGAUUGAGGUAUUAAGCAUAUCAUAGUUUGUUUUUCUUACCUAAAAUGUGACACUUCUGAUUAAUUGUGUCUUGGCAGGUCUCCAAGCAUAUUGCUCAGACUCGCAAGUCUGUCCCUGGAGUUGGUUUGAUCAGCCCUCCACCUCACCAUGAUAUCUACUCUAUUGAAGAUUUGGCAGAGGUUACUUUGCUUUGAAUACAUUUUUUUUUUCUUUUAAUGCUUUUUAUGUCUUAUCAAAAAAUUAUUUUGAAAACAUUUCUUGUCGUUGUUUUGUAGCUUAUUUACAACCUAAAAUGCUCCAAUCCUCAUGCUAGAGUCAGUGUGAAACUGGUAUCUGAAGUGGGCGUGGGUGUUAUUGCUGCUGGAGUUGCAAAGGUUCGUGAACUCUUAAUCAACUGAUCUUUAUAACAGGGUAAUUUUGUAUCACCAACUGAGUUGAUAAUGUAAAUUGGCCACAGUAAAGAGUUUAAAAGCUGACCUUUUGAGUCCUAGCCAUUCAUCAAUCACUCAAACGAAGGGCUUAUGCUUGAAAGAUUGGCCUUUAAACUUUUUAUAGUGGCCAAUUUAUGUUAUCAACUCAGUUGAUUACACUAAGUUACCCUGUUAUACUCUUCUACUGAUGCAGCAUCACAGCUUCUCUAGAAACUUACCCCCUUUAUUCAUUGAUCUUUAUAACAUCCUGUGCAUGGUCUUUGCUUCCUGGUUGAAGUUCCAGCUUUGGCAAGGUUAACCAUGUAGGUUCUACAAUGUUGCACUUUGGUUGUGCAGUGCCUCUUUUCACCUUGAAAUAUUCAUGAAUUACUUUAUGUUGGAAGUUUAUAUGGAGAUGUUACAUUUUCAUCUCUUUUAGUAAUCAAAGGGUUAUUAAGUUAACCUGUUUAUUUCCCUAGGGCCACUCUGAACACAUUGUUAUUUCUGGUCAUGAUGGUGGUACUGGAGCAAGCACAUGGUCAGGCAUCAAGCAUGCUGGGUUGCCAUGGGAACUUGGCCUCUCUGAAACCCAUCAAACACUUGUGCUGAACAAUCUGCGCCGAAGAGUCAUAAUUCAAGUUGAUGGGCAGCUAAGGACUGGGCGUGAUGUGGUAGUCGGUGCUCUGUUGGGUGCUGAUGAGUUUGGAUUUUCUACUGCUCCGCUCAUUGCUAUGGGUUGUACCAUGAUGAGAAAGUGCCACUUGAAUACAUGUCCUGUUGGAAUUGCCACUCAGGUAAUUGCACUACUGCUUCUGUUAUAGAAAAAACUGCUUUACUCAACUCUGCUUCUUAAAAUUAAGUGAAAGAAUACUGUUCAAAUAUUAGAAAAAGAUACUCGAUUUCUACAUGGCUCCUCUACGUCAACUGUGGAUAACUUGCAUCUGAAAUAAUGUGAUGAGCACUGAAGUGUGUUGUCCAACUGGUACCAGCAAUGCAAGAAAAGACCUCACCAGAUUAAUCCACAAGACAAUCUGGACCAUUUUGCUGUCAUGGCACCUUAUUAGGCCUAGAACUCCCUGAUUUGAGGGAAUCUUUUUAGCCAUCUUUGGCAUUCCGUUUUGAUAUUUGCCAUAGAUAUCACCUCUAGCUUGAUUUUACCCAGGCUUUUUUAUGUCAACAUCAGCAACCUGCUGACAAUCUCUAACAAUUUUUGAGAUUUUGUUUUUGUUUUUGUUUUGUUUUUUUUAGUUCUUUGUUUCAAAUGUUUCAUCCAAGUAACCACAAGGUAUGAGUAAGUGAUAAAGAAUAGUAAUGUCAUGAUAAUAAAACUGUUAUCAAUUUUUUGCAGGACCCUGUACUGAGGAAGAAGUUUGCAGGCAAACCAGAGCAUGUUAUCAACUUCUUUUUCAUGCUGGCUGAAGAGGUGAGGAAUGAAUGAUCUCUUGUUUAUGUUACCCUUGAACUACUUAUUGUUGGAAAAGCUGUUUUUCUUAUCUUCUUACUUUGAUUUAUAAAGAUUAGUUGAGAACAUUUCUCCGUUGGUACAGAUUAAAUCUCUGUUAAAAUUUAUUUUUCUGUCCUUAAAGUAUAUAAAAUGAUGUUCUUGAUUACAAGUUGGUGAAAUGUUUUGAACCUUCAUCAAUAUUCUGUGUUUAGGUUCGUGAGUAUAUGGCUAAAAUGGGCUUCCGCAAAUUGAGUGAGAUGGUCGGACGAUGCGACUAUCUAGAGCCUGCAGACCCUCUCAAUGAAAAAGUCAAGGUACAUUUUGUGGCAGUGUUACUUUGUCUAAUCUCACGCAAAAAAAUCAUAAUCAUCGUAAUCAUCGUAAUCAUCCUAUUUUGUUUGUUUGUUUGUUUUUUUUGUUCACAGUUGCUGGACUUUAGUGCAAUCCUUAUGCCCGGUAAUGAGUUGAACCCUGGAGAUCACUUGGGAGGAAGUGAGCCUCAAAAUCAUAAGCUGGAGCUACGCAAGGUAAGCAUUGGACACGAACCCACAAGACUAGGUCGAGUACAUGAAGUCAAGUUGUCUUUCCAAAACAAUUGGGUUAUCAGACCUUUCUGCUUCUUCCCACAUCAAGUGUAGUGCCAAGUUUGCAAUUCACAGUUUGUUGUUAGAGUUGAAAUACCGAAGGUAUUGCAGGCAUAUACCUCCUUUUGUCUCAGGUCAAGAGCUGUCUUGUGGGGUUUCAAUCUGCUUUGACCUUGCCUGGGUAUUUGACUUGAUAAAAACAAAAUUUGAGAGUGGUAGGAUUGUAAUUGAUUGCUGUUACUUGAUUUUGUUGAAGUGAAACACUUUCAGGUUUAAUGGGCCAUUCUUUAAUUCACUUUACAGGACAACCAGCUCAUUGAGGCUGCUAAAGACAUUCUAAAUGGCGCUUCAAAACAUUUGCGUCUUGAUGUUCCUGUAAUGAACAUGGACCGAGCUUUUGGAACCACUCUCAGUUACCACAUUGCAAAGUAAGUAAUCAGUACAAAAAAUCACUCCCCUCACCUGAAGAGUGCUUGUUAACCAUCAUAAACCAAGGUGUUAUCACAAGGAAUAUUUACAUUAUCAUAGUGAUGAAUGAGCAACAAAGAUGUCUAAUGCCCAUUUCUAAACUUUCAUCCUAGUCACUCUGGUGUAAGUGUGGUUGCUUGCAGACUUUGUCUCGACCAAGGCUGCACUGAAAGUCACAAAGCUUCAUUUUGUCUCUUUAAUCGGCACUUAGCUCCCUUUGUUAUCGUCGAACGAUUCUCGUGUCAUUUUGUUUUUGCACAGGUGUCUUCCAAUACCUACUAACUCCAAUAAUAAUCCUCUAGUUUCCAUUGCAUGUCAAACACCCACAAUCCCCAAUUCGGACAGAGGAAGGCGAGUGCUGGAAAUGUCAGCUUUCUAAAUUGGCACCAGCUUUUUUAUCGACAUUCAUUAACUUUUAAUUGAUAGUCAGCUUGGUUGUUGUUAGACUGCCCAAAAAAAAACUAAUUAGCUCUACUGAGUUGGUUUGGCUUUUAAAAUGUACCUGCGCAAGGUAGUUUCACUUAGCGAGCUUGAAACCUCUUCUAUGUUGCACAUUAGCUUAUAACAAUAUGCCGGCUUUCGUGGUUUUGUGGAAGAACUGAAUUAAAAAGUUACUAUUGUUGCUAGGAAAUUUGGCGAGAAAGGUCUCCCUGAUGGCACGAUACACAUCAAAACCCGAGGCUCUGCAGGUAAGUAAAUAAUGUAUACUACUUCGUGAGAUCUUUGUUAUGCAGCCAUUGCUUUCAGAUUCUUUGAUUGAGAAUCAUAUACUUAAAAUGUUCAAGAAGGCCUAUCACAUCAAAGCUAACUAUUCCAUCGUCCAGUUUUCUUUGGCCUAUUAGUGUCCAUUUUAGAGAUGUUGGUUUGUUUGUACCAAACGAGAAGUUAUGAUUUCAAUGUGGUCUGUUUGAAUUUUUUUUAGGUCAAAGUUUUGGUGCUUUCCUUUCUCCUGGUUUAACACUGGAACAUGAAGGUGAUUCAAAUGACUAUGUGGGCAAGGUAAUUAUGUACUUAAAAUAUUUACUUUUAAUGUUCUUAAAAAAUGCUCUCAAUGACGUUGUUCAUGUUAUUCGCGUACUUGAGGUUUUUUUCUUCAGGCUCUGUCUGGUGCUCCGAAUGAAUGUGCGACUUAUCAAACUGACAUUAAUUCGCUCUCUAGGGUUUAGCUGGAGGCAAGAUAAUAGUAUAUCCAAGCAGUAAACGUCCUGAGAACUUCAAAGCCGAAGAAAACAUUAUUGUGGGAAACGUUUGCUUCUACGGUGCCACUGCCGGAAAGGUACAGUAUAAUUUUAACUUUUGGUUAAAUAAAAUCGUCGGAAAGUAAACUUGACCCUAUUUUAUUGACCAAGUGAGUUAUUUUGAUAUAGUUAUAUUUUUUCCUUUUUGUGCUCAGGCCUUUAUAAGGGGUGUUGCUGCCGAGCGAUUUUGUGUCAGGAAUUCUGGAGUGACAGCAGUUGUGGAGGUGAUUUGAGUUCAGUUUUGUAGUUAAUUUCCUUGUUUAAUUUCAUAUCUAUGGUUUGUUGACCUAGUUCUGUUUAUCUUGUCCAUAAUUAAUUUUACCUCUAGCUUUUCUCAAAGUUCGUUUCUCGCUUCACAUGAAACUAAACCUUGACAUGCUUUAAAAGCAGAAAGUUCAGAAUAUUACAGUUACGAAGGUUAUCUUAUCUCCUACCUUUGCUUUUCUUCUAAGGGUGUUGGUGAUCAUGGCUGUGAGUACAUGACUGGAGGUGUUGCGGUUAUUCUUGGUGACACUGGUCGAAACUUUGCUGCUGGAAUGUCAGGAGGAAUUGCUUUUGUACUUGACAGGUAAAAUGACUUUUAAAACAUUUAUCUUGAGUGGCAGGCACUUAGCAAGAAGGCAAGGAACGCUCAUGAGAAAACAGACACGCGCGCGUGUGGUUUAUCGCUUGUGCAAAGCGUUCUACAUCUCUCUUAAACUUGAGCGCCCGCCACGCAAUCUGUCCGGGUUAUAUUUAAAAUAACGUCUUUGACCUCGUUAUUUAUUAUCAGCAACAAUAAAUUUAUUCUAACCUCUUGAAUUUAUAGAAAGAAGGUCUUCUCCACAUUGUGUAACCAGGAGAUAGUUGACCUGGAGCCUGUUGUAGGAGCAGAUGCCGAGCUGGUCAGGGGACUGGUGCGUGAGCAUCAUCAGCUGACUGGUUCGUCGGUGGCCGAACGUCUUCUGGAAGACUGGGAAAGCUCGUUGAAGAUGUUUGUGAAGGUAUAGUCCUAGAGAGUAAAAGCAGUGAAAUCUCAUUUAGUUUGUGAGUUAAUUUUUGAUAGACAUUAUUAGUCAAAACAUGAAUUAGGAAUAUGAAUCAUGGUCAUCUGUUUCAUGAAGUACUGCAGUUUUCAUCGCUGAAGGCUAAUGUUUUGUUUUUUGCAUUUUUUUUUCGACGGGUAUAGGUGAUGCCUCGUGACUUCAAAAGAGCUCUGGAACAAUUAAAAGAGGAGGAAGCUGAGGUAUCCUUAAAGUCUUCGUUAUUGCUCGAAAACUCUCUCCUCCGUAGAUGCCUUGUGCAAUUUCCUUAUAAGGUGACUUUGUGGAGGAGAGAAUCUUGAAAACCUUAUAUUUCUAUCGCCAUGUAACUCAAAAAUCAGAUCUUUUGGAAUGCAACGGUAAUAAAGUUCCUUCCUUCAGAUAACAUGCAGUGACCUUUUACAAAGAAGAGAGUCAAAACUUAAGACUCAGACCGGACCCACACUCAGGGUCUUAAAAUAACUGAGGAGAAUGUGCUGCCUUUGCUAUGACAUCUGCCAGCGGUUAGACAUUCUAAUCUUCUCGGAUAAGGACCAGCAUCUUCUCCUGCAUCUUCUUGGUACUAGUUAGUAGGGGACGUUAAAGAACCCACACACUUAUCGCAAAGAUAAGGGAACGUAGUUCCCGGUGUUGUGGUCUGCCCUAGAUUCUGAAAUUGAUGUGAUGCGUUGAUACGCUUUAUCAAUUAAUAAAGUAGAAGUAGAAGCGUGUUUAUUCGUGGAAUUCUUAUAACUUCACAGUUUAAACCAGUGAAAAAGGUACAUCUACAAGCAAUUUGUGCUAAAGCAAAAUAAAAUUACGCAGUACAUUCUAAUUUAAGUAUGCAAAAACAAUAGAAAUAUUAUUCAACAUUGCAUGCGCAGUUACCUUUUACUAGGCGCAAACUUUCAUUCGAAAUAGCCCCGAUAUUAUUUUGUUUUCAAAGAAGUUGGGAGGACAGAGGCGAGUUGACAAGUAGGCGAAGUAAUCAUUACUUACCGUAGAGUUCAUUAAACCAAUAGAGACAUGUCGGUCUUAAACCCAUUUUUUGUCAGCUUUAAUGAUGAUACGGAGAGUCUGUGGGAGAACUGCAAGAAUAGCGAGAUUAUGGUAAAAAUUAACCGUGCCAUUAAAUCUCCUCAGUAACAGAAAGAUGAUCCUUGUAAUUUUUUCCUCUGGUACGCGAAUUCUCCCCCUUUCGUAUUCCCUUCCUCCCUUUGUGCGACCCUUUGAGCAGAGGAAUGUCCAAAAACGUGGCAGGUAAUUUUGAAACUGCGUUUUCUUUUGGCAGAAACUCAAGAACGAAAAUCGCAUGGAAGAGAACGGCGAGAAUGCAAAUGGAGAGAAGACAAACGGAGAAAAAACAAAUGGAGAGAAGACAAACGGAGAAAAAACGAACGGAGAGAAAACAAAUGGAGAAAAAAUGAAUGAAGAUCUGUCAAAUGGUGUUAAGCAAGAAGAUUCACCUCCUCCAGUGAAGAAAUCAGCAGAGCAGAAUUUAGUUGAUAUAGAAGAGGCUAUCUCUGAUACAACCAACGAUCAGAAGAUUAUCGACAGAGUGCUGGACAAAACCAGGUAAACUAGUAUGCUCCCAAUUAAUUUGUGAUGGGUUGUGGAAGCUUGCGCUACCCUCUCAACUGAGACUGAAACCAACCUCGCGUUCUGGUCACGCGCGUUUUUUCAAGCUUUAGACAGUUUGCUUGUUUUUACAUCGCAGGCUCAUCUGCUCCUGGUGAUAUUUUCCUUCAUUCUGAUUGGCCGUUGUAAUUAUUUAAGUUUUGGUUUUACCAUACUCGAGUUAACCCUUUACACCCUAAAAUCAGUAUGCAUAUUCUCCGUACUGCUCUUUAUACGUUUCCCAGGGAGCUGACGAGGAGAAUUUGUUUUCCAAGGUUCUUUCAUUGGUGAUCAUUUCCUUUAUUCUCAUGACCUUAACAUGUGAUUUAGGGGCGAUAUUGUAGGGAGAUAUUUGAUGUUAGUCACUCUCAGGACCAAAGGGUUAAAAAAAAAAAACCGCUCUACUAGCGUAAUCUGUGCGUAGUUUUGAAAGUUCUUCAUAGAGUAAGUUACAGAUAGUUUCGGGUCAUAAUCUCUUUAAUCUUGAACAGUCCUAAACUGUCGCUUAUUCACAUAUGCUUUAGCUGUAAAAGUAGAUUUUAGGUUCACCUGGUAUUUGUCGCAAACGAUAACAUUUUGUCGUUUCUUUCUGUUGACAGAGGGUUCGUGAAAUACUCCAGAAGCAAAGUGAAGUACCGCUCCCCCAGACAGCGAAUGAAGGAUUGGAACGAGAUUUACUACAACAAAGGGAAAUCGGAACUAAAAGUACAAGCUGCCAGGUAAGGGCGUCAACCAAAAUGUUUCAGCCUCGAAUUGCCAAGCCAAAAGACCCUUUAAGAUAGAAAACCCUAACAGUAUUAUCACUUUACAACGAAUUUUUUCAUCAUCGGAAGCAGACAUGAUGGCUUGAAGAUUUACAUGCGUCUUUUUGAUGUGACCAAUUAACUCUUGGAUUCAUUUUAUCCCUUUUAUUAAUAGGUGUAUGGAGUGUGGCGUGCCUUUCUGUCAGUCUCACACUGGGUGUCCUCUCGGAAACAUCAUCCCAAGAUGGAACGACUUGGUUUUCCAGGUAAGGUUCAUCAUUGAUGACGUUGUCCUACUAAACGAGGCAGUGUGGAGCUGUAAUAUGAUCCUAAGUACUUUGAUUUGUCACAGAUUUUACUUAUGUUGUAACAUUAACUUGGUAAAUUUUAAAAUUGUUUGAAAACAAAUUAUUAUUGUAACUGUUAUUUGGUUUUUCAGGACAAAUGGAAGGAGGCCUUAGACCGACUUUUGCUCACCAACAACUUUCCAGAAUUUACUGGAAGGGUUUGCCCCGCGCCCUGCGAGGUGAGUAUCGUAGAAACCGGUGUAAAGAGAACGCUUUUGGCUUGCGAUUUGCUGAUUGGGUUUUUUUCCAUUUUUCAUUGAACAGUACUAAUAUUAUGUACAAUACUCACAGUACAACUACAAUACUUACUUUGCAUACUACAUUACUACUUAUACUGCUUACAAUUACCUACAAUACUAACAUUCCUUAGAAAACUCACAUAACUUACAGUACUUGUUCUAACAAUUACUUACACUACUUACAAUUACAUACAAUACUGACAUUGCUUUCAAACUCACGUUACAGCUUACAGAAAUUUGCUCAAAACUGCAGUGUCAAUGCUUACACUGCUAACAAUAAUAAUAAUAAUAAUAAUAAUAAUAAUAAAAUAAUAAGAUAAUAAUAAAUAAUAAUACUCUAAAAAUAACAUGAAAUAUUGGCAUUAUGAUAUGUGUAUCGAUUUACUGAUUGUUUGGGUGGAUCUUUAAAGGCAAUCUGUGAUUUUUAAGAUAACUUUUUCUCCCGUUAAUUGUUCCAGGGCGCUUGUGUACUGGGAAUCAAUGCAGAGCCAGUGACAAUCAAGAAAAUCGAGUGCACCAUCAUUGACUAUGGAUUUGAACAAGGAUGGAUUACACCACAGGUAAAUCAGCAUUUAAGACAAAGUAGUCUCUUCUUUUAAGAGCUGUACUCGACUUUUUUUGGCCAUUUUCUGUUCUAAGCAAAAACACCUUUCACUUGAAGGAGACUGCAAAAUGAUGCUACUUCGGUAAGAUAUGGAGACACAAACUCUUAAGGAAUAAGCAUUGCAAAAGAUGGAGAACAGUUAAAUAAAUUGCAAAUGUAAAAUUGGGAGGUGUAUUUCAGGGAAAACGCAAGUCGUGACACUGAUAUGCUUUCGUUUUAAUCCCAAAUCUCUCCACUGACAGAUUCAAACAUUCGAAGCUUCUUUCAUUAGAUCCCCUAAGCAAA